AUGCUACAGGGCGGAAAGACACUAUAUACCGGUCCAGCCGUUCGUUGGCGAAGAGAAACGCAAGGCACCGUAAUUUGCAUUCGCGAUGCCUUUUAUAAUCUCCCCGUACGUCGUUUGUCCCAUCCUUCUCACAUACGAACGUGGGAGCUUGUUCGUCAAGAAAUCGAAACAUACGCUAUAGUAUUCCCUCAUGUCGCCUUUUCACUUGAGGACAGCCGCAAUGCUAGGGAAACGGACGUCAACACUUUCCGAGAUCGUAAUUUUCGAAUACCAAAGACACCAUCUAUCUUGAGCGCGUUUCGCCGCAUAUACGGUAGAGCAUUGACAGAGCACGUCGAAGAGAUAGAUGCGACCCGCGAUUCGAUGAAGGUUGUCGGAUUUAUCAGUCUGAACGGCUCACUGUCCAAGGCGAGACUCGGUCAUCCUCGAAAUAAUGGGAAGAAAAUGACAUUUUGCUCUAACAGGCUUAUCAGUUUCUUUAUAUCAACAAACACCCGGUUUCUCACUGCGAUAUUCGUCGUCUCAUCGAUACGAGCUUUGGCUCUAGUUCAUUUUCCAAAAAUGUUUAUUUUAUGCUCUCAUCCCGGUGUCGGAACUGAUGCAACGACCAUUAGGGCCUUGAUGAAGAUGGGGAUUCUAGCUAUCCUCGCCCCAACUGAGAAAAAAGCUGUUUAUGUCCUCAACGUUACCCUUCCUCCCGAUCACGUUGAUAAUAUAAUAGAACCGAGCAAGACGUCGGUUCAGUUUCAGGUAGAGCUAUGCAUCUCUCAAGGCCUUUUGAAAUCACUAAUCAUGGGUGAUAUGCUGAAGAACAGAGCAAGCAUCUUGUCCUUUGUAUCAUCUGUCAUCAAGUCUUUCUUGAUGAAACAUGGCUUUGUAUUGCAACGCGACAUUGAACCUGGUCCCCAAGAUUCCCCUUCACGAAAACGCAGGAAACUCGAAAAGAAUUUUGAAGACUCAGGUUUCAUGGAAGGAAAUCAUGUCAGCGAAUCGCCGAGUUCUUUGCACGAUCGUCAUACUGCAGAAGGCUCAAAUUCGGUACUCUACACUUCUACGGAAGACAACCCUUCCGAUAUAUUAUGGACAGAUCCUAUAACCCAUGAGAAGUUUCUUGUGGAUGCAAGGUCAGGAAAUUCAUAUCGGCAAGGUGACGGUCGGACUGGCGAACCUUCGUCGGGCGUUCGGCAAGGGAGGAGAACUUUACAAUACAGGCAUGCAACCAGCUCAGCCCCCCGACAGGCUGACCAUUCAAUCCCAACCUGGCUCGAGAAAGCACUUCAGGAAAACGAAGCAUACUCGCUGAGCGAGAAGCGUAUAGCCUCGUUGGAACUUAACCCUUCUAUAUGUCCGCCGGUUGUCAAAAACAACUCCUUCCAUACCGAACAACACCAGUGUCUUGCAUCACAGGACAAAAAUUUUGCAAGGAGUCUCCAAAGUGAUGCCCUCUCACGUCCCCUCACCAGAGAAGACCUUCAACAAGCGCAAAUCAUAGGUCAAGUUGACCGAAAAUUCAUAGCUUGCGCCAUUCCAGUCAAGCAACCUGAAAAUGGUUUACUCAGGACCUCUCAAAUCUAUCGUGAACCAACGAGCACUUCUCCUGCUCUCGUACUUGUCGACCAACAUGCUGCGGACGAACGCAUCCGUGUGGAGUGUUUCCUCAAAGAGCUGUGUCUCGGCUUUCUCCACUAUCGAGACGAGGGCAGUUCUACAGAGAAAGGGAUUACUCAAAAAGAAUUACAACCGCCACUACCUGUCCUUGUCACUCGGCACGAAGCUAUCUUGCUAAAAGCGUCUGUGGGAAUCCAGAGAGCAUUCCACAAUUGGGGUUUUCAAUUCGCCGACCUCUCGAAGGCGGCGAACGUGAACUCCGACGAUGUUUUUGCGGACGGAAGCAGUAGUGAAUAUGAACAGCUUCUCGUGUGUUCCGUUCCAGAAGUUGUGAGCGAAAAGCUUCUACAAGGGGAAGAGCUUCGGGAUCUCGUGAAAAGCUGUCUUGCCUAUUUCCAGCAUUCGAGCGACUCAUCUCAGAUAACUCACAGCACCAACUUGCGAGCGGAUGAGCUUGCCUGGCUUGGUGCUCUGCGUCUGUGUCCCAAAGCGCUGCUCGACUUGGUGAACUCGAAGGCUUGUCGUGGUGCUAUAAUGUUUAACGACCACCUGACCGUCGAACAAUGCCAAAGGCUGGUCUACAAACUCUCUCAAACAUCUUUUCCGUUCCAGUGUGCCCACGGACGGCCAUCCUUGGUGCCGCUAAUGAACAUCUGGGAUUACCCAAGGCAUCCGACUCGGCAACUUGAACGUUCGCAGUAUCGGUGGAGCAGGUUGGAAAACGACAAAGAAGCCUCGAUUUGA